GGAGGCUGAUCCACUUUAACUUUUCUCAGAGACAGUAAUCACAGCCCGUCAGUAAGAGGGUUUAUUCCCGCUCCGUGUCCGUGGAUUGUUGGACUAUAACCUGCCGUGAUUUUUCCCAGGAGAAGAGACAGAGCCGCUGAUUAUUCUCUGAUCUCCAGUGUUUUGAUGCCACAUUCCUGACGUUUCGGCAGACCUCAGAGGACUAGACGGCGAACAAAGAUCAAAUUUUUCAUCCGUUCACGCAGUGUUUGCAUGGAUAUGGCUUUCCUGUGCAGGGGAGGAAGACAGAGGGAGCUGAUUUGAGGUCAAAGCCUUUCUCCUCUCACCCCUGAGACACAUGUCUGCCUGAGGAGCGGCUUUCUCUAUAGUGGGAGACAUAAACAUCUGCAUUGCGUUGGAGAAUCAUCCCCGUGUAGGUUUGUGUUGAUAGAGACGUCAGAUUCAGUGCGUUUAUUUGCUUUUAGGGGAAUAAUUUUAAAGCAAAAUGCCAGCAAAGACACCCAUCUACCUAAAAACUACAACCCCCAAGAAAGGCAAGAAACUGAAGCUGCGGGACGUCCUCUCGGGGGACAUGAUCAGCCCCCCGCUGGGCGACGUCCGCCACAGCGCGCAUGUGGGACCUGAAGGCGAGGGGGACAUGUUCGGAGACAUCGGUUUCCUCCGGGGCAAGAUGGACAUGCUCCCGUUCCAGAGCCGGCCGCAGAACGGCCACGCCCGCUCGCACAGCAUGGAGAGGCACGUCGACGAGGGCUUCGACGGCAAACAGGAGGCGCACAGCUACGCCUACAACGGCUUCCACUACCAGCACUCCUCCAACGGCCUGCUGAAAAGCACCGUUUCCAUGCCGGUUUGCAUCGCCCACGAGCAGGCCCCGCCCAAACCGCCACGCCUCCACCUGGACGACCACGCCCCUCCCCCGGUGCAUCCUCAGCAGCAUCCUGAGCCGAGCCACAGACGAUUAACCGACAGCCAGCAUCAGCAGCCCCCGUCGUCUGGGCUGGUUUCAGAGCCCUGCAGAGACAUAUCCAUCCCCAGCGCCGUGCGCCGGCUCGUCCCGUCCUCCGGCUCCUUCUCAGAGUUCUCCUCCGAAGACUCCCUGUCGGAGACCGGUGGGCCGCCCGAUGUUCGCCGGGGCCUCAGCCUGGACUCUGACGCCGGCCUGAGCAACGAGGAUCUGAGGAGCGAGCGCAGCGACUCGCCCUGCGCCGCCGUUCAUCCGGCGGCCGUCACCGCCUCGUCCGAGGUGCCGCGGUCCGACUCCAUGGCCAGGCUGGACCUGGAUCUGGGCCCGUCCAUCCUGGAGGAUGUUCUGAGCAUCAUGGACCGCUACAAGACUGAGGACGACCGCUGCGAGCUGUGAAAACACAACUGUGAUGGAGACUUUUUUUUUUUUU